AUGGCCGUCGUGGACAAGGGCCUGAAGGACGAGAUCUCGCGCCUCAUACGCUUGCUCAAAGAGAGGGACAACGAUAUACAGGAGCAGGAGACUACGAUGGAAGAACUGCGGGCAGCCAUCAAGAUCAGCGACAGUCAGACUGUCGUUGCGGUCGAGGAGGUGCGCCUCCCCAUCGACGAGGUGGCCACCGAGGUCAAGGAACACCCCAAAAUCGACGAGUGGUAUGUGGAGGAGAGCACGCCGGCCGACGAGCUGGCGAGGCUGGGGCAGGAGCUACAAGACGCGCAGGAUGAGGUGCGCCAACUGAACAAGACGGUCGAGCAGCUGCGGAAGCAGCGGGACCGGGUGGUCGAGCUCGAGCGGCUCCAGAGGCGUGCCAACCUCAAGCUGAUCGGGAGAAGCCUCGUCGUGAUAGAGGCACUGGUCCGCGACGGAACCCUGCUUGUGCAGCACGUGCUCGAGACCGUGGCCGGCAGGUUGGAUGCCAUCGACAGCGCGCCGUCGGCGAACCGCCCCUUCGACGAGAUCGACGGCUACCUCGAGAACGUCACCGGCCACCUGAAGGGCUGCAUACAGCAGGCCAUGCUCGACGCCGCUGCCCUCAACGGCGUGGUGCGCAACAUGCGGCUCCUGCUGCCGGGCCUGGCCGACAAGAAUGACCUGAACAACGUGUCGAGACUCUACGGCGAGGUCCAGAUGUUCAAGACGGCCGUGGAGGGGCUGCUGGCCCCCAUCAAGGAGGAGCUGGUCGGCGCGGGCGGCGGCGGGGCCCCGGAUCAGCUCGUCUUUCCCUCCUCCCUCAAAUCAGAGAGAAAGAAGAUGACGUCGGCUAUGAAUAUGGUGAGCCAGCUGAUCGUGGCCAUGGCCGGCUUCUGCCGCAGAAUCGGAGCGCGACGGCAAGCGACGCAAGAAGAGGGCGGCGGCGGACGCGACGACGACGACUGGGCAGGUCAUGUCCAGUCCGAGGUGUGGAUCGAGGAGCUCGUGGCGUCCCUCGACAAGCAGGAAGCGUCGCUGACGGAGCAGAUAGGCAAGAUGUAUGCCCAGCUGGAGACAGUCCGCCAGCAACGAAACAGCCUCCAUCUCGUGCAGGCGGCCGCGCAGGAGUUCGGCGUCAUCGGUGCCGUCCGCUCAUAG